AUGACGUAUGUCACUGGAGGGACUGUCGUGCACAAGCGCUCGCCGUGGCGGCUAUCCAUCGUGAGCGACACGUUCUGGGGCGUCGUGAACUUUGUCGGACUCUUCGUGACGUCGUUAUUUUCGGACGUGUCAACGACCGCUCGGGCCACUGACCGCAUUGGCUCCGCGCCUCACAGUGGCCGUGGCAGCAAUGGACGUGGAGGAGGUCCCCGUCGACCCAUGGGACGAGUGGAGCAUCGGGGCGCGAUCAAUAUGCCACUGGGCGGAGGCUGCUGCGGUUAG